UCAUCAGACAAGGCUAGUAUACUAGAGGUACCUCUCCAUACAUACUCCGUACAGGUAACCGUAAGUACUACUCCGUACUACUACUCCGUACUAAUUCACACCAUUGUUUUACCAGUUUCUCAGGCUUUCUUUCUUUAUUAAACCCCCCUGAAAUCCAUCACCUUCCUCAGGCAUUUUCGAGUUUUCCUUUCUUCCCCAUCUUUUGCUCAUUAUUAGACACAAAAAGACUUGCAUCAAGGCAAUCCAAAAUGCUUUUCAGCAAAAGAACCCCCCAAAACCACUCUGACAGCUUCUCCUCCAGGUAUGGGACUACGAAAGCUAGCUAUCGCUCUAGGCGAGUCCUUCGUGACCCCUUGGUUGUAUCUCGACGUCUUGAAAGACGCCAGGUGCCAGAUAGCCCUCCUGAUGGCAGCUCUUCCUCUUCGUCUGUCAUUACCAUGUGUGUCGGACCCGAGAAGCGACUCUUCGCCGCUCACAAGGAAAUCCUCAGCGUCUCGCCCUUUUUCGCAGCCGCAUGUGCCGCCGCCCAGUCCCUCAAUCCCCAGAGCAGAAGAAUAAGCCUCCCAGAAGAGCAGCCGGAAGUUCUAUCGUGCAUCCUCGAGUAUCUAUACAGAGGCGACUACUACCCCAGAUUAGUCCAUAAUGAACAGCGCGAUACUUGGGAACUAGAAAACACCCAGCUCAAGAAUGGACAAACCGAUGGAGCAACCAUCUUCCAUCAAUCUGCCAAUGUAGAGAUUCUAAAAGACACAGCUGUAUACUGCGCAGCCGACAAAUACGGCCUAGAACAUUUGAAACGUCUCUCGCUCGCAAAGCAGGGCUUACAUACUGGUAUUCCAUGCAGCACUAUCCUCGCCAGUGCGCGCUACGCCUACGCAAACACACCCGACAACGAAUCCAAGCUCCGAGCACACUACCUAGCCCUGAUUAUCCGGAGCAGGUCAACAUUCAAACGAAGCGGGACAAUGCAAAUGGAGAUGGAAAAAGGCGGCAAGCUCUUCUUCGAUCUCUUCGUUGCCAUGUGCAAUCAUAUGGACGACCUAUCAUCCUCAAGCGCGAAGCCUUUGCUUGUUGAUUAGAUCCGGUUAGGUUCUGUUUAUAUUUCAAAGAAAUAUAUCCACAGGUUUCGGUUCGCGAUGAGAUUGGGGCUAAAACGGUAGCUACAGUAUGCUAUGGAUUAUUAUUCUCUUUUUUUUUCUUUCUUUUUUCAUCUGCUCAGGCCUGGUUGUUUUGAGUUCACUUUUUUUUCUUUGCUUUUCUUUGCUUUUGGGAUAAUGAUUUCAGGGAAAUACUUGUUGGAUUGACGGUUCUAAAAUUCUGUAAUGUAUGUAUUAUACUAUUAGCGAGGUGAAUUGACUUGACGUGGGAUUUUGGAGUAAUACUUCUAGGGUUAGCAAUAAUUUAACAGAAUAGUUAUCCCGAC